AUGUCCCAGCCGGAUGCGCUCGAGCAGGAGUUAUACGAGACUGUGGCAGACAAGCAGGCCUUUCAAGUAAAGCUGCGGCAACUUCGGUCGGAGGUCCGUCUGGUGGAAGCGAGUCUGGAGGCGCUGCAGCAAAAAGAAAGCUGGCUGACACAUGAGUUGGCCAAGCGCACGAAAGUUCGGACAGAACUCCCGUCUGUGGAGGACUUUGUCCAAGGCCGUGCGUUGGAAAGUGCUAUCCCAAAGUUCUUCGACUUGGAUCAGGAGCCAAUUGGUCUUCGAAACAACGAGGGCAAUGAGGACGAAGUCGUGGAGAGCCAAAGCCAACAGGACAAGGCCGAAAGCGAUGACUGGGAGGAGAUGCUGGAAUCCCUGGGAGUGGCGAGGUGCGGCUACUGCGGGCUGCGCCUUCCGCUCGACAUAGCGGCAAUCGAGCAGCACUCGAAAGCGUGCCCUGGGACUGGGCCGAACAGCCCAAUUAGCCGAGGCACGCCGAGCCCGAUGCAGAGUCCCCCCAAAGAGGGACUGACGGCACGGUGCAGCAGUUGUGGCGAUUCACUGUCGAUGGACCUCGUCGAGCAGCAUGUCUGCCGUGGAAGUGGCUAA